GGGCGCUCGCGUGGCUGUCGCUCCAUCGAUACAUCGCGCUUCUUGAAGCUCUGCGAGCGCGGCCCGUCGGUGCGCGCCGGCUUGGCCUCGGUGCCCUCCUGCAACGUUGCAUGCAACGACGACUUGAAGCGCGGCUUGGCUUCGCGAUACGUCUUUUCGUCGUGUCGAUGUGUCUUGGUCGUGCUACUGUCGUCAUUGCUGGCCGCCGAUGCAAGUGACGACUUGAAGGGCGUCUUGGCCGGCGGCGACGGCUCUGACGCAACCGCGACUGCCUUGGGCUCCUGCACAUUGUCAACGGAUGCCAUCAAGCUCGAUCGAAACUUGGUCGGCGGCGCUUCCGAAGGUGUUACCUCCUUCGUCACGUCCUUCUUGGGUGCGUAG